GCGACUUCUCAGGCCGUCAUGAAUAGCUCUUUUGUCACUGAAUUUCUGAUUUUGGGUCUCACCCAGAAGCCUGAGCUCCAGGGAGUUUUCUUCAUUGUGUUUCUCUGUGUCUAUCUCAUGGCUUUCCUUGGCAAUAUGCUCAUUGUCAUUGCCAUCAUCUAUAACAAUACCUUGCACACUCCUAUGUAUGUUCUCCUCUUGGCUUUGGCUGCUGUGGACAUCAUUUGUACCACAAGCAUCAUCCCCAAGAUGCUGGAGGCCAUGCUGACCUCAGGAAACACCAUUUCCUAUGGAGGCUGCAUGACUCAGCUCUUCUUUUUUACGUGGUCCCUGGGAGCUGAGAUGGUGCUCUUCACCACCAUGGCCUAUGACCGCUAUGUGGCCAUCUGCUUUCCUCUUCACUACAGUGUAAUUAUGAACAGACACACAUGUGUGGUCUUGCUCAGUAUUGUCAUGGUGAUUGCUAUGAUCAACUCGUUCAUCAACACAGGUCUUGUUCUGAGACUGAGUUUCUGUGGGCCAAACACCAUUGACCACUUCUUCUGUGAGAUACCCCCACUACUAUCUUUGUCCUGCACCCCGGUGAGAGUCAAUGAAGUGAUGGUGUACGUUGCAGACAUCACCCUGGCUGUGGGUGACUUCACCCUCACCUGCAUCUCCUAUGGCUUCAUCAUUGCUGCCAUUCUCCGCAUCCGCACUGCAGAAGGCAAGAAGAAGGCCUUCUCCACCUGCUCCUCCCACCUCAUAGUGGUGUCCCUCUACUAUUCCCCUGUCAUCUACACCUACAUCCGGCCUGCUUCCAGCUACUCCUUUGAAAGGGACAAGAUAGUGACUGCCCUCUACACUCUUGUGACCCCCACUCUCAACCCGAUUGUGUACAGUUUCCGGAACAAGGAGAUGCAGGCAGGGAUUCAGAAAGUCUUUGCAUUUCUGAAACCAUAG